UCCGCCAAUAGGAGCACCCGCAUCCCACCAUAUGACUUCCCUGCUCUAGCGUUCUGUAAUCUUAAAAAUUCGUUUUCCCUCUACAAACCACUCAUAUUUAUUACCACGAUUAUCCUGGAAACAUGCUUUAAUAAAACAAGCCUUGAACACGUGUUUCACAUGUUGUGCAAUAAAGCAACUGAUCACACGUUUCCUGAGAAAUGCAAUCACGAUGAAAUGGAUCAAAUAUCACCAAUUUAAUAACAUGCAUUGACGCUCGGUUGUCAGUUGGACGUCGUUUCCUCUACAGACUGGUUGAACGAUGCAGCACUCGUUACGUGCCUUUUACGGCAUUUGAUCUCAGUUCUGAAAUAAUUCUCCUCACACCUCUUGUGCAGCUUUUUCGUGCGGGGAACAAAAAGUUGCGGCAAUGUUUCUUCUGGCGAUAAAGCUGCUAAAUUGCUGAGCCUAAUUGAACUGGUGCACAGCAUUUCAACUGACGUGGCAGAGCAUCACGGCGUGGGCGUGGUUUAGCUUUGUCAACAUCCUGGUGACAUAAUUCCUUUUUUCAAAAUGGCGACGGCUGACCAGAGAGAAGCGGCAGGACAGGACGACCCAGAGAGUGACGAUGAGGUCUAUGAGGUCGUGGACCUGACCGAGUACGCCCGGCGGCACCAGUGGUGGUGUCGGGUGUUCGGGAGCAACUCGGGCCCGAUUGCUGAGAAGUACUCCGUAGCCACCCAGAUCGCGAUGGGAGGCGUGACCGGAUGGUGUGCUGGUUACCUCUUCCAGAGGGUUGGGAAGAUCGCUGCGACCGCCGUUGGAGGAGGGUUCCUUCUUUUGCAGAUGGCCAAUCACAGUGGCUACGUGCAGGUGGACUGGAAGAAGGUGGAGAAAGAUGUGAACAAAGCCAAGAAGCACUUGAAGAAGAAAGCAAACAAAGCGGUCCCUGAAAUAAACACAUUCAUUGAGGAGGCCACGGACUUUAUAAAAAGGAAUAUCGUGCUGUCCAGCGGCUUCGUCGGCGGCUUCUUUCUGGGUCUGGCCUCCUAAUGCCGCUGCAGGUGCCGCAUCCUCCACUUACUGUGAAUCACCACAUGGGUCACAUUCCCCCCCCCCCCAUCGUUUACCUCGGCCCCAUGUGGGCAUCGAUCCAACUCAAACUGAUCAUGUGGGCGGACGUUACGUUAAAAGUUGAAGCAUGAUUUGUUGUGUUAACGGUGAAAAUUGUUCUCUCUGUUAUAAGUCAAUCACAGCUAAGGAUUUCUUUUUUUAAGUGACUGACGGGAGUCUAAAGAAUGGGAGUGCGUUCGUUGAAUCUCAGUUGGUUAUACCGUGACUUUCUUCCGCGGGACCCGUCACAGAUCUUUGUCCGACUGCUGAAUAUGUCAAGCUGCCACAGACGAGCAGAGUCCUCGUCGCUUUGUCUAUCCCUUGUGUUUUUGUCACACUGAUGGUUGUCAUGCAUUGGCGCACACACAGGUGUGUAUAUAUUAGAUAAACACCAUGGAAGGCAGCAGACUUUGGAAGUUAACACCCUGCCCCAGUCUAGUGCUUUUUUAAAAGUUGCUGUGACGUUCAUGUGCCAUUGAAGCAUGUAAGCAAACACAAUUCGGUUAUUUUUUCACUCUGAUCAGGACUUCUUGAUAUACAUGAAUAUUAAAUGCAGACCCUUUAUUUUCAUAAUCCUUAGCGCUCCACGAUGCCCUUUUAAUGACAGGACGAGCAUCUGCUGCACUCUAGUUGCCACAAUUGUAAGCUAGGCACCAAAAGUGACACCAAUGCUGUCAUUAGAGAAGCGAUUGGCACUAAUACGCCCUUCGUAUUCACAUCAUGUAGAUGUGAUGGCCACAUGUUGGAGUCCACUUAAUUUUAUCGCAAAUUUCUGCCUUUUUUUUAACCAGUGCAAUAUACAAUGUUACAUACAGGUGUUUUCUUUGAAGAGGCUGUUUUUCCCUGUUGGCGUUUUGUAUGCUCGUAUUCCCUCAUUUUUUAAAUGUAUUUUGGUUGUCUGAAUUGUAUUAAUUUGGAUGUCUUAAAAUAAAGUUGCAAUUUUGUUUUCAA